CUUUACUGUGUGAUUACGUGAGAGGGUUAAUUUCAGGGGUGUAACUUCAGGUGCGCUGACUUCAACUCCUUAAAUUAGAAGUUUUUAUUACAACAUCUUUCUCAGUUGAUCUCCAAUUUUGACCAAGGUGAACAUGGUAUGGAAACUGAUCCUCUGAAGACAGACACCAUGUCAUAUGACUCUUUGGGGUCAUCUCAGAGUCUGUAGGCCGCCCGGGUUCGCAUCGCGGACGGCGUGCUCGCGCGGAUGGAGGGCCAGCAGUCGCCGGAGCGGGGCGCCAGUCGCCGCCGCUCGGAAGAUGGCCUGGCCGGGAUGUCCACCGAUGGCACGGUGCUGGAGCACGCGCUGCCGGAGAGUGACCGGGGCCUGGCACAGCACCACGGUCAUCAUGUGUUGUUCGCCGGAUUUCCAGGUGUGCCUGGCAAUGCCAGCGUGGAGAUGGAGCCGGAGGGGGAGCCGUUCGGCCAGUACGACGACUUCCAUACCAUCGACUGGCAACGCGAUCUCGCCAGGGAUCGAAUGCGCCAUAGGUACAUAGUGAAGAAGCGUCAGACGGGUUUUUUCGACCUGGUGCGCCAGUUUCACGACGCGUGGAGCGGCUGGCUGUGCGUGCUCCUAGUGGGCAUCGUGGCCGGCGGAGUGGCCGGAGUGAUCGACAUAGGAGCCAGAUGGAUGGAGGACAUGCGUUUCGGCAUCUGUCCAGAGGCGUUCUGGCUCAACAAGGACCAGUGCUGCUGGUCGUCCAACGAGACCUUCUUCGAGGGCGAUAACUGUUCUCAGUGGUACUCGUGGCCGGAGGUGCUGGGCGCCCAGCACGACAGCGCCGGCGGCUACGUGCUGGCCUACCUCUGUUACGUGGUCUGGGCACUGCUGCUGGGCCUACUGGCCGUCCGACUGGUGCGGACAUUCGCGCCGUACGCCUGUGGCUCCGGUAUUCCCGAGAUAAAGACGAUUCUGAGCGGGUUCAUCAUCCGUGGCUACCUCGGCAAGUGGACGCUACUCAUCAAGUCGGUGUGUAUGAUGCUGGCCGUGUCGGCCGGACUCAGUCUCGGCAAAGAGGGCCCGCUGGUACACGUCGCCUGCUGCAUCGGCAACAUCAUCGCCUACAUGUUCCCGAAGUAUGGCCGCAACGAGGCCAAGAAAAGGGAGAUCCUGUCGGCGUCGGCGGCGGCGGGCGUCUCAGUGGCGUUCGGCGCGCCCAUCGGAGGCGUGCUCUUCAGUCUGGAGGAGGCCAGUUACUAUUUUCCACUGAAGACCCUGUGGCGCUCGUUCUUCUGCGCUCUGAUCUCUGCGUUCAUCCUGAACUCGAUCAACCCGUUCGGGAACGAGCACUCGGUGUUGUUCUACGUGCACCACGAGCGGCCCUGGAUCUUCUUCGAGCUGCUGCCGUUCAUCUUCCUCGGCGUGCUGGGCGGUGUGAUUGGCGCCGCCUUCAUCCGCUCCAAUAUCUUCUGGUGCCGGUUCAGGAAGACCUCCCGGCUGGGCCAGUACCCGACCACCGAGGUGGUGGCCGUCACUCUGGCCACCGCGCUCCUGGCCUUCCCCAACCCCUACAGCAGGAUGCCCUCCUCCGAGCUCAUCAACGUGCUCUUCAACGACUGCGGGCCCUCGGAGGGCAUCGACCUCUGCGACUACAAGCGCAACUUCAGCAGCAUGAGUCAGGCUAUCGAGACCUCGGAGGCGGGCCCGGGCGUGUACACGGCCCUCUGGCAACUGGCCAUCGUGUUCGUCUUCAAGUUCCUCGUCACCAUCUUCACGUUCGGCAUGAAGAUCCCGGCGGGUCUGUUCAUCCCCAGCAUGGUGCUCGGAGCCACCAUGGGCAGAAUCGUGGGUGUCGGCAUGGAACAGCUGGCCAUCAACUACCCCAACUGGUGGGUGUUCAGCAGCGAGUGUACGGCCGGCGAGAACUGCAUCACCUCCGGCCUGUACGCCACCGUCGGCGCCGCCGCGGUGCUCGGUGGGGUCACCAGGAUGACCGUCUCACUGGUGGUUAUCAUGGUGGAGCUCACCGGCUCUGUCAGCUACAUCGUUCCCGUCAUGGCUGCCGUCAUGGCCGCCAAGUGGGUGGGAGACGCGCUGGGCCGCGAGGGCAUCUACGACGCGCACAUCUACCUGAACGGCUAUCCGUUCCUGGACAGCAAGGAGGAGUUUGACCACACCUCGCUGGCGGCCGAUGUAAUGGAGCCCAGGAACAACGUGCCCUUCAGCGUCAUAACGCAGAACUCGAUGACGGUCUCGGAGGUGGAGUCUAUGCUCAAGGAGACGGAGCACAACGGCUUCCCGGUGGUGGUCUCCAAGGAGUCCCAGUACCUGGUCGGCUUCGUGCUGCGGCGUGACCUCAACCUGGCGCUCGCCGGCGCUCGGCGGGACGGCGUGCCGGGCCAGUCGCUGUGCCUGUUCACGGCCGUGCCGACCGGCCAGUGGUCGGGCCCGCCGCCUCUGCAGCUGCGGCGCAUCCUAGACCUGGCGCCCAUCACCAUCACCGACCAGACACCGCUCGAGACCGUCAUCGACAUGUUCCGCAAGCUCGGACUGCGACAGACACUCGUCACGCACAACGGCCGCCUGCUGGGCAUCAUCACCAAGAAGGACGUUCUGCGGCACCUGAAGCACCUCGAGGUGGAGGACCUGGAGCAGGUGCCGUUCCACUAGCGACCCUCAUUCGGCUGGGGAUCCGGAGCCGCUGCUGCUCCACUAGCGUCACUCCUUCGGCCGGUGGUAGAGGUCCCUCCCGCCGCGAAGGUACGGCUGCGCUUCUGAGAGUGAGCUGCCCGGUCUGUGACUGACCCUGGGUGGGCCAGGGGUGGUCUACUUACGCCGGGUCCGCCAAAGCCGGGUCUGCUGGGCAGCCGGCCAGUGUUGGCUGGUCUGCGGUCGAUAGGCGUGCGUGGAUCAUCGUUAGCCUCAUUUGUCGGGGACCGGUGAUCGCAGAGGCCUGUACUCGCACCCCGUCGGCAGAGGUCGCUGCUGGGAGCCGCCGGUAGCUUUCCGGUCGCUCAGUGCUCGCUGGUCGUAUGGUGAGCGGCCACCCUGUGCUCGCUGGCUGUAUGUUGAGACGGUCGGAAGGGAGGGCGGUAUAUCGGCGAGGUCUGGUCCGCCCCGGCUGGUCUGUCAGUGGCGCGGUCUGGGAGUGUGUCCCGGUUGCCUAGAUAGGCCGGUGUGUAACAACCGCGGCUCGAUGCCCGGCCGAUUCAGAGUUUAGAUCCGUUGCAUGGGUCUGCUUCACCUCAGCUCAGUUGGUAGGUGGCUGGUGGGGCCGUGAUCUAACUACCCCUGCCGGGAACGAGUAGAGACAGCCACCGCCCCUGACGGCUACAAUUCACACAAACCCUCAAACACAGCGCAUACAGGCAGACACCUCGUAGCCACCUAGCUUUGUUUUAUUGUUUUAGGUGCGGGCUAACCUCCGCUGUCAGCGCGGCUGGUGUUGGCGCCGCGGUCGGCCGACCGUUCUCGAUGGUUAUACGGUUUACCAUGUGUUCAGUGGCCGGCUGCGCGUUGCAGCCGCUACCCCUCGCUGAAGUGGUUAGACACUGGUAGUCAUUUGGCUGCUGCCCGACGGCAGAUUAGUGAAACAUCUGAGGGUGGCCCCUCACUACAGAUCGUCACCAGCUGCAGCUAGUGUUUUCGGGUUCUGCGACACCUGAGCGAAUGUCAUUUCAGCGAACGACAUUUGAGCGAAACAUUUUCAGCGAUUAUCAAUUUAAGCGAUUGGCUUUUUCAGCGAUUGUCAAGUCGGCGAAUUCAAUCAC